AUGGCGUCACUGGCAGGCGCAGGCUCCUUGCCUCCGGGGGUGGCUGUGACCAGCUGCUACGAGCAGCUGAGAAGGGAGAUCCAGGCACUGAUCACGGAGAAUGAGGAGCUCAGGAAGCUGGUGGACUUGAUCAAAGAGAACCAGGAGCUGAAAAACGUCCUGCGGAACCAGGCACUGGGCAGCGAUACACCGCUGUCCUCGCUCACCUCCACCAGGUCCACCGAGCAAGGGCAAAGUGGUAUCCUCAGCCCAGGUCAGGAGGGCUCGGGGACGUGUGCUUUGAAGGGGGGCCCCGCAUCCGGGUCCCCACUCUAUCGCCAGAGCAACUCCCUGCUAUGGGAUGACACCAUUGAGGAGGGGAUGGUAGCCAGCAACCUGUUUGGCUCAGGCUCCAGAUCGUCCUCCCGGGCCAGCAAGACGUCCCUGUCAAAGCACUCCAGCCAGAUCACCGAGGGCCAGAUGUCUGAGGCCAGGGCCCGAACCCCCGAGUCCUCCUACCGGAGUUCCACCGACUCCAGCAAAAAGUACAUGCACACCCGGCUGCCCUCCAGCGUCAACUUCAAAGCUUCCACAGACAGCGUUCCCCACAACAUCUCGCCAUGGGACUCCAACCUCAGCGACACGGUCUUCACCGACAACAUGCCCUUGCUCCCGCAGACUGCCUCCUCCCCAACCAGCAGGGCCGCCCCCGUCAGCUUCCAUCUGCCCCCGACCCCACUGGACCCCCAGCACCCGCCGGACGUCAGGCCCAAGGAGAUGACACGCAAGGUCUUCCGAGCCACUGAUAGGCCCCAGACACAAGGGGCCACUUCCAAGCCCAGCCAGGUCAAAGAUCACAACCAGCUGACCUGGGAGCGCAUCGUGGGAGAAAUCGCCUUUCAGCUGGAUCGCAGGAUCCUCUCCAGCAUCUUCCCCGAGCGGGUGCGGCUCUACGGCUUCACCGUCAACAACAUCCCUGAGAAGAUCAUCCAGGCUUCCACCAACACCAUCUCCAACCAGGUGGAUGAGCAGCAGUGCACAGCGAUGACGCGGCGCUACCUGGAAAUCAUGAACCGCCUGAAGGCGGUGGGGUACGACGCCUGCAUGCAUCCCAGUUUCACCGAGUACAUCGUGAACACCUAUGGCAUUCUGCGGGAGCGGCCAGAGCUGGCCGCCUCCGAGAGUGGCUCCUACAACAACGUGGACUUCCUGCGCAGGGUGGUGACGGAGACGGUGCCCGACCCCAUCCGGAGCAAUGCCCUCAUACUGCUCGAGUGCCUUGCCCAGCUGGCCAAGGACGACGGCAAGCCCAUGUUCAUCUGGUGA